AUGACAGUUUCCCGAUUGUAUCCAAUCACUUCCACUCUCGAAGAAGGUUUUAACAUUCUUAAAAAUGAAUGCGACACAAGUAACAACUCAAUAAGAUCACCAAGAACCAAAUUCACAAAACAAUUCCAUUUCGUCGAGAAAGGAUUUGGUUUUCCUCGGUAUGUGUUCACUGAUAACGACUCGAUUGUGAAAUAUCUAACCAACAACGUCGCUGUCAUUUCUUCUCGAAUUGUUAUUUACAACAAUUGGAGACAGCCAAUCGCUUUGUUAAUAAGAAAAGGACACACUUAUAAACUUAUUUCUCAAAAUUCUCUUCUCCUUCAAGUCAACGUGAGGCGCCUCAUUGCAAUGGAAGUUAAAGUGUUUAAUUUGGGAUACAAUUCUGGCGUGUGUUACACAAGUAAACCAGCUACCAUCAUUGGUUUGUUUUUAUGUAAUUGUUCCGCACUAUCAUGGAAUUUUAUUGACCUUCUAGAUAAUAGAAAAUACUUGGACUUUACUAUUCCAACACUUCCAUCGUCUAAAAACGUUCAACUGAUAUCACCAUGUCAAUCUAAUAGUGUUGUAUUUGAAAUGUCCAAACAAAAGUCGUAUUACCAUGUCAACACUGACUCUUCAUUUACUCCACUCCAAGCCUUUGCUCUUUCCAUCAUCCGUGCAUUUGAAAUAUUUUCGAGAUGA